UGUAAAUGCAUCUGAUGAAUUGAGAAAACUUCAGGUAAAAAAUGGCAUAAAAGAAGGGGCCGUACUUAAACUGAAACAAGAAUGUGAAACUCGAUGGAACUCGAUGUAUUACAUGCUUUCUCGAUUUUUGCAAUUGACUCAGUUUAUUAGUAUGAUCUUAAUACGAUAUUCAAAACCAGAUAUGUUAAUGCAAAGUGAAAUUCAAAUAGCUAAAGAAAUAAUGACAAUUUUAUCGCCAUUAGAAAAAAUUACAGUGGAAAUGUCUGGUGAUAGAUAUGUGACAUGUAGCAAAAUUAUUCCUAUUGUUAAUUGUUUAGUGAAAACUAUGGAAAAGUCAUUGCCUGUCACGGAACCUGAUGGAUCAAAUAUUGAAAAAAAUGAUUUUCUUACAAUAUCGACUAUGCUAGAUCCGCGGUUUAAAAAACUUCAUUUUCGAAAUCCUCUGUCAGUUUCAAUUACUAUUGAAAAAAUAUCUAAAUUAAUGAAAGUCAAAGAUAAUGUAGCAGCUAAUACGACUAAACCACGAAAUAGGUUAGCUCCUGUAGUAAAUGAUGAUAAUACUAUCUGGAACAUUCAUGAUGAAUUAGCAUCUUCUAUUAUCACAGAUUUUGAUGAACCUGGAGGCGUUCCUGUCGAAUUGAGACAAUUUUUAAAUCGACCCAUAAUCCAAAGAACUGACGAUCCUUUAACUCACUGGUAUCAAGUGAAGGCGGAAUAUCCUAAAUUGUACAAAAUAGCUAUUAAAUAUUUGACUAUUGUCGCUACUUCCGUACCUAGUGAACGCCUCUUUAGCAAGGCAG